ACUGAACGAGCUAGUUUCCCUUCACAUUACUGAAUGCAGUCACCUUAAUUUAAUCUCUCUGUACUGUGAUAGAUCACUCGAUAAUGUGUUAGCACGUCUGAAAAGUCUUACAAUUUCAAGAUGCCGAAAUAGUGCAAAGUUACAAAAGGUCUUGGAGAAAUGCCCAAGUCUAGAAGAAAUUUUCUCCGACGGAUACUUGGCUUUGGAAUUAGUAGAUUGUCUAGAAGUCUUGCCCAAGUCAUGCCCAAAACUACAACAUUUGAAAUUGGGCUACGAGUGGUUUAACUAUGGAACAUACAAAGAAAGAUUGCGAGCAGCCUUGCAAAUGCUGAAUAUUAAAGCCUUGGAUUUGGAGGUAUACUUGUACACUGAAGAAGUUAACGUAAGAGAGGUAGCUGACAUUUUCCACAAUCUUGAAUCUUUGACUCUUCGUGUUUUCGGACCUAGAACUAUUUCAGUAGACACACUUGAUUAUGUUUUCAAUAAAAAUCAGAACUUGAAACAUUUUUCCAUUGACAUGGAAUUUGAGCAGUUAAUUCAUUUCAGAGGUAAUGUUGAAAUAAAUGAAAAGAAACUAUGUCACGCAAUUUCUAAGAUGACAAAGUUGGAAUCUCUAAGUAUUUCACUCAAAGGCUAUAUACUUUCUGGCGAAAUGAUAUACAAUAUCAUUGACGGAAUGCCAAAUUUAAAGCAACUUGAAAUAGGUGAAGUUGGUGAUAUAAGUAUUGAGUAUGCAGAUCUCAUCGGCGAUCAGUUACAAAAAUUACGGUCUCUCAAAAUUACAUCAAAACAAAACGAGGGAACUGGAAUUGGGACUCUUUGCAGUAAGCUACCAAACAUUAGAGAUUUAAAAGUCAAACAUGAUCGCCUUCUUAAUCGAGAUGUGAAGCAAAUGUCAACUAGCAUGACAUGCAGCAGCCUCAAGUCACUGAGCAUUGCUGGAAGUAAGAAAAUAAAAGAUGACGGCAUUCAGUGCAUUGCAAGUUCCUUCAAAUCUUUGAUCAGUUUGGAUGCUUCUUCAUGCAGUUUGAGUGAUUCUGGUCUAGCUUUGAUCACAGAGCACUUGAACCACCUACAGAGGUUAAGUGUGACAGGGAAGAAGAUCACAAAUUUUGGUGCAAUAAUGAUUGGAAACAAUCUAAAAGAGUUGGAGCAUUUGAAAAUUAGUGGCACCAAAAUUGCAGAUCAAGGAUUUGUCUUCAUCUGUAACCAGCUUCCACGCCUCCAGACUCUGGAAGCAGUAUGCAAACUAAUGACAGAUCAAGGUUUCAAAGAAGGAGCAAAAGGGCUUGGUAGACUGACAAUUCUGCAUAUAGRAUCCCAUAAAAUCCGCAGUAAAGAAUUCAUAGAAUCCACUAAACAUCUCAAAAGAGUAGUUGAAUUGACAAUUCGAUCAAUUGCUAUUGACCAUCAUUGU